UCAGGAGGAUCAGGAGGAUCAGGAGGAUCAGGCAUGGCUCAUUAGAUCACGGGACUGACUAAACAACAGCACCAAAACAAAAUCAAAAUGAACUCUGCUGUGGUUCUGCUCACUGUCUUUGGUUUGUCUCUGCGUCUGUCCCUCGCUGUGCAAGUGGGUCUGAGUCACAAAGUCCUGGUGUUCCCGUAUGAGACGGACUUCAGCUUCGUGGCCCUGGUCCCACAGAAGGAGCUGGAGCUGCGGGCCUUCACACUCUGCAUGCGCGUGGCCACCGAGCUGCCAGAGGAGCGGCAGAUCAUCCUGUUUGCCUAUCGUACAGCAGACUACGAUGAACUCAACGUGUGGCGAGAGAAGGACGGCCGCGUAUCCUUCUACAUGAGGGGGGACGGGGUUUUCUUUCACCUGCCUCCGCUCACCACCUUCCGCACCAGCCUUUGCCUGACCUGGGACUCUCACACCGGCCUUUCUGCUUUCUGGGUCGAAGGGAAGCGAAGUACUUACCAAGUGUACAAACCUGGGCACACCAUCCGUCCCAAAGGGUCCAUCCUCUUGGGCCAGGACCCGGACAAGCAUCUGGGGGAUCUAGAGGCCAUUCAGAGCUUUGUCGGGGAGAUGACUGACCUGAAUAUGUGGGACUUUGUGCUGUCGAAGAGUGCGAUCCAUGCCUGGAACAAUGGCCACCAGGGGCCCAAAGGAAACAUAUUUGACUGGGCCACUAUUGAGUAUGAGCUGCAUGGGAAUGUGAUGGUGGUGGAGGACGACUGACUCAGUGUGGAGCUUCCAGCAGAGACGGAUGAGUCUUCACACGUGUGUGUUGGCAUGACACACACGUGUGUGAUCGCUUUUCUCAUGUUGAGUGUUUGAUGAUGUUAGUGUCCGGAGACACUCCAUGACUUAUAUUAGACUCUAACCCAGGGGUGUCAAACAUACGGCCCGGGGGCCAGAACCGGCCCGCCAGAGGGUCCAAUCCGGCCCACAGGAUGAAUUUGUUCAAAUUUCACACUACGAUUACAAUCUAAACGUAAUGUCAAAUACCAUAUUUUUCUCUUCCAGAUACCUGUGACUAAAUGUUUGUGCCUUUUUGGAUCCAGUGUCAUGUGUAAAUAGUACAUUUAGGCACGAUAUUGUUGAAAUUGCACUUAUAUUUCUCAAGAAAUGUCAUGUUUUGUAAAAAAAUAUCCUUCAUUAAAUGUAAAACAAAGGAGAAAAAAAAGCAAGGAGUUCUUGUUGUUCAUAGGUUAUUAUGCUAUUAUUUUAUUAUUUUUACUGGUCCGGCCCACUUGAGAUCAAAUUGUGCUGUAUGUGGCCCCUGAACAAAAAUGAGUUUGACACCCCUGCUCUAACCCAUAUCCUAAAAUAUGUCCGAGUGUUUUCACACCUUCAUUCAUCGCUCUAAUA